GUCAGCGGCGUUCGAUUACUGCGUUCUGUGCAUUUUUUAAAGGUUUACUCUUAAAUGUAUUAGACAUUGGGUUGGAAAUCGUAUCACUAACUAACGGCACAUUCAAAUAAUUGAAACGUUGCUAGCCAACAUGCUAACAUAUACUUUGGGCUUUUGUUGCGAGUGUGCUGCUCCCCACCCCCCUUUUCCUGUGUUACUCCGCUGUGGCGGAAGUAAGUCGUAUCACCGAGGCCUCAUCCUUCCAAUGGCGACUGCAAACAGGCUGAAUAGAAAGCGGGAGCAACCGUGGAGGGGGUCAGAGCUGUGUAGCCGAAAUUAAAUAAAUAUAUCAUAUUGUCUGUAGUCAUAAAGUUAGCCUAAAAUUUGUUUCACCUCUCCAAAUCACGGCCGGUUCAAUGGCCAAAAAUCGGAACAUUUCGCUCCUUGAGUCGGAGCUCUAUUACUUGAUUUCUCGUUUUCUAACAACGGGUCCAUGUCUGAGAACGGCUGAGGUUCUGGCGAGAGAACUAGAGGAAUAUGAGCUCUUACCCAGGAGAUUGGAUUGGCUGGGAAACGAGCACCCGAGAACAUAUGAAGAUGUGGUUGCAGCCAACAGACAUAUUGCACCAGACCACUUGCUACAAAUAUGUAAGCAGAUCGGGCCACUUCUUGACAGAGAGGUGCCAUCAUGUGUCCCAGGUGUACACUCCCUCCUGGGGUCUGGAAAGCAGUCAGUGCUUAGGACUGCAAAAGAUUGCGACAGUGUCCAGUUUAAAGCUUCAUCAUAUGCAGCCCUUCACCAGGGCAGACCACCAGAGAGGCCUUUGAGCUGUAAGAAACCUCCACACAUUGUGAAGGUGCAUCGAGGGAGAGAGCUGACGGGAGUGCAGCGCUUCAGCUCCAUUAAUCCUGUCAGCAGCUAUGAGCACAUGCGACUGCACAGGCGGAUCCUGGGGCAUCUGUCUGCAGUGUACUGUAUUGCAUUUGAUCGCACCGGUCUCAGGAUCUUCACAGGCUCAGAUGACUGUUUGGUGAAGAUUUGGUCUUCGUUGGAUGGAAGGCUUCAUUCAACAUUGCGAGGACACUCUGCAGAGAUCACAGACUUGGCAGUAAAUUAUGAGAACACACUAAUUGCUGCGGGAAGCUGUGACAAGACCAUCCGUGUAUGGUGCCUUCGUACCUGUGCCCCUGUGGCUGUGCUGCAGGGGCACAGUGGAUCCAUUACCUCCCUUCAGUUUUCACCAUUUGCCAAGGGCUCAAAACGUUACAUGCUGUCCACUGGAACUGAUGCUACUGUUUGCUUCUGGCAGUGGGAGGUCAGCAACAUCAACUUUAAUGAUCGGCCACACAAAUUUUUGGAGCGGCCGAGGCCAGGAGUUCAGACUGUGUGCUCCUCAUUCAGUCCAGGUGGGAUGUUCUUAGCAACAGGAAGUACUGACGAUGUGAUCAGAAUCUAUUUCUUGGGAAGCGGGAGUCCCGAGAAGAUUUCAGAGCUCCAUGAACACACUGACAAAGUUGAUAGCAUCCAGUUUUGCCACUCGGGAGAACGGUUUGUGAGUGGAAGUCGUGAUGGAACAGCACGGAUCUGGAAACUCCAUCAGCGGCAGCAGUGGAGGUGCAUCUUGCUCAACAUGUCUGCCACGCUUCCAGGUGCUGAAACAACAAGUGAAGAGGAAAGCUACUUCACACCCAAAGUCACCAUGGUAGCGUGGGAUCGCCAUGACAAUACAGUCAUCACAGCUGUUAACAACCAUCUCCUCAAAGUGUGGAACUCCUACACAGGACAGCUGCUACAUAUCCUCAGAGGUCAUGAGGCUGAAGUGUUUGUCCUGGAACCACACCCUUUUGACCCCAGGAUCAUUCUGUCUGCCGGCCACGAUGGCAACGUCUUCAUAUGGGACCUGUUGCGAGGGACAAACACACAGCAUUACUUCAACAUGAUUGAAGGCCAGGGUCACGGAGCCGUUUUCGACUGCAAAUUUACUCCUGAUGGCCAGCGCUUCGCCUGCACAGACUCCCACGGCCAUCUCCUCAUCUUUGGCUUUGGCAGUUCCAAGCCUUAUGAGAAGCUUCCAGACCAGGUGUUCUUCCACACAGACUACAGGCCACUGAUCAGGGAUUCCAACGGCUUUGUGCUGGAUGAACAGACACAGCAGGCUCCCCAUCUCAUGCCCCCGCCCUUCUUGGUGGAUGUGGAUGGAAACCCCCAUCCGCCGAGGUACCAGCGUCUUGUGCCAGGGCGAGAGAACAUUGCUGCUGAACAUCUGGUUCCCCAGCUGGGAUACGUAGCCACCAGUGAUGGUGAGGUGGUGGAGCAGGUUAUCAGCCAGCAGACUGCAGAGCAUGAGGAGGUUACGGUAAGACGCAACAGCCUUCUGGAUGAUGCCAUCCGACAGCUCCAGGAGCAACAGGACCGCCAGAACCCGCCUGGGGUUGGAGCAGGACCAGAGGGGCAAGCUGAGGCACAGGGCCCGAUCUUGGCACCAGCACCACGCACACCACGCAGAGUGUCUGUGAAUGACCGAGCAGAUGUACAGUCCUCACCUAAUGUGGGUCUGCGUCGCAGUGGACAAGUAGAGGGUGUCCGACAGAUGCACCAGAAUGCUCCUCGCAGCCAAAUGGCCACCGAGAGAGAUCUGCAGGCCUGGAGGCGCAGGGUGGUGGUGCCUGAACUGGCCCCCAGCAGCUACAGGGACCAAGAGGACAUUCGAACUACCAGAGGAGAUGAAGAGGUGGCUCUGUACAAUGCAAAGAAAAGACGUAUUAUCUACAGCAGCUGUCGGGAUGAUUCAGAUGAUGAGCCUGCCACUACGAAGCGAGCACACGGCCGCAGUGACAUGCUGGAAUUCAUCGACUUGUCAUGUGAAGAGGGAGAAGAGACUGCAAGCUCAGAAGCACACACUGAGGACAAUGAAUUGGAUGGCAGUGAACUGGAUUCCUCCAAUGAUGAGGAGUGGAACAGUGAUAGCUCAAGCCACACAUCCAGUGAAUACUCGGACUGGACGGCAGAUGCUGGUAUCAACCUGCAGCCCUCCACCCCCCUGUCGUCACGGAAACGAGCACGGCGCAGGCUCAGCACCUCUGAAGAGGAGGAGGGAGAGAAUGAGGAAGAGGAGGAGAAGCAGCACAGUGACGAGGAGGAAAAGCCUGGGAAGAAAAGCAAAGAGAAGACCAAGAAAGCAAAGAACAAGUCACCUAGGCAUCCAAAGGUCAGACUGUCCAUCAACAGAGAAGUGUCCAAUGAGUUCAGACCCCCACUGUGGAUCACAGAUGUCAUUCCCAGGAAGUCUCCUUUUGUUCCACAAAUGGGCGAUGAGGUGAUCUACUUUCGGCAGGGACACGAGGCCUAUGUUGAGGCAGUGAACCGGAGUGAGCUGUACCCAAUCAACUUAGACAAACAGCCCUGGAAGAAAAUGGAGCUGCGGGACCAAGAGUUUGUGAAGAUCACUGGGAUCAAAUAUGAAGUCUGCCCUCCAACACUUUGCUGUCUGAAGUUGACUCUUAUUGACCACGGCACAGGCAAAAUUACAGACAAGUCCUUUUCUGUCAAAUAUCACGACAUGCCAGAUGUGAUUGAUUUCCUGGUGCUGAGGCAGAGUUAUGACGAGGCACUGCGUCGAAACUGGCAACCAAACGACAGGUUCCGCUCUGUGAUAGACGAUGCCUGGUGGUUUGGGACCAUUGUCUGUCAGGAGCCCUACCAGCCAGAAUACCCAGACAGUCUCUUCCAGUGCUUCAAAGUCAAGUGGGACAAUGGGGAAAUUGAGAAACUAAGUCCUUGGGAUGUGGAGCCUAUUCCAGAUGAUGCCCAGCAGCCGGAGACAGAAGGAGGUGGCAUUUCUGUGACAGCAGAGGAAAUGAGUGAGCUGAUGUACAAGCCUCUGCCAGGAGAGUGGGGGGAGAGGAGCAGGGACGAAGAGUGCGAGCGCAUCAUUGCUGGCAUCAACCAGCUCAUCACUGUCGAGAUUGCCGCUCCCUUCUCUGGCCCUGUGGACCUGGGCCAGUAUCCCACCUACUGCACUGUAAUUGCCUACCCCACUGACCUGGGCACCAUCAGACUGCGACUCAUGCACAGAUUCUACAGACGACUUUCAGCAUUAAUUUGGGAUGCCAGGUACAUUGCCCAUAACGCCCACACUUUCAAUGAGCCAAGGAGCAAGAUAGCCCACUCUGCAAAAAUCAUCACAAAUGUCCUGCAGAAAUUUGUCAAUAAACCAAGUUGUACAGAUAUUAUGGAGAUUUACAAUGCUGUUGAAGAGAUGGAUGAUGAUGAAGAGGAUGAGGAUACAGAAGCACCAGGAACCUCCUCUGGACACCGACUGCGCCAGCACUCUGUAGAGGUGCUGCCUGACAGAGACGCCUGGAAGGAACAGUGCAAGAAUCUGCUCAACUACAUAUUUGACUGUGAGGACUCAGAGCCGUUCAGACAACCUGUGGAUCCUCAGAACUAUCCAGACUACCAUGAUAUCAUUGAUACGCCAAUGGACUUUGGCACCAUAAAAAGCACCCUGGAGGAAGACCAUUAUGAAAACCCUGUAGAGCUUUGCAAAGAUACCCGACUAAUAUUUGCCAAUGCUAAAGCCUACACGCCUAAUAAACGAUCAAAGAUUUACAGUAUGACCUUGAGACUUUCAGCCUUUUUCGAGGAGCACAUCAGAACAGUCAUAUCUGAGUACAAAACUGCUGUCAAGAGCAGCGAUAGGCUGCGUCGCAGUCAGAGGUUCCGUAAGAAAAUGCAGCAGCAGGAUCAGCCCACCACCACAACAAGUCAUAAGAAGCCUGCAGUCAAAACUCAGGAAAAAGUGGAGUCGACAUCAGUGACCAAAUCUACCUCAGCCAAAGUGUCUGUUCCUGAAAGAGCCAGGAGGAGUCGAAGCAGCAGCUCAGGUCACAGCUCCUCGGAGGACGACUCCAGCUCCAAGGCAGCUUCAUCCACAUCAGAGUCUGACAGUGAGAGUGAACUGAGUGAGUCGGAGGAGGACGGAAAACGUCCAGGUUCCUCAAGGCACCAUCAACGCAGACAGAAAGCAAGAGUUACAAGAAGCAACUGUGCCAAACAGACGAAAAAAGUUGCAGAGAGUGAUAGCGAAGAGGAGGAAGAUGAUGAAGAGGAGGAGGAGGAGGAGGACUUCAGUGAAGGUGAAGGUGGAGAGGUGUCUUCUCAGUCUUCAGGUCGUCGCUACCCCAGCAGGAGGCAAAAUAGCAGAAGUAUGCGGCUGACCAGAAACAGCGCUGCCACAGACAGGAAACGAACAGAGGGCAGGGUGGAGAUGAACGGUCACAGCAGCAGGUUGUCUCGCAGGGAGAGGCGUCACCACCGGGACUCUGACAGAGCCACAUCUCAGGGCUCGGACAGGGAGGAAGAGAAAAUCACGGUUCGCAGGUCACUCAAGAGAAAGACGGCGAGGGCAGCUGUGAAUAGGAUCAAACUUCUUGAAGCAUUAGAUGAAAACUAUGAGGAGGAGGAGGAGGAGGAGCGAAGGAGGAGCAGUAGCUGCCUCCGCCACACAACCCGGGCAAGCAAACGCAGUGCUGUGAUCCAGAGCAGCUCAGACUCAGAUGGAGAGCCAUCACCACGGAAUUCUCAGAAUUCAAAAGAAUCAGAUGGUGAAUCAAAGGACGAAGAGGAUGGCAGUGGCAGUGAUGCUUCAGCCUCCUCCCAGAAUCAGCAGAAUGGAGACACAAGGUCCAACAAACAGAGGAAAUCAAGACAAGCUGCUAAGACUAAAGGAAAAGAUGCUUUGGCCCAUGUGAAUGGACAUGGUGCAAAACAUAAGUCUGACAGCAACUCGGAGCAAGAGGAACUUGCAGAGGAGAGUUCUGGUGAAGAGGAAAAACGGGCAGCUGUGUCUCAGAAGCCCUCUAGAAGCACAGCAACCAUUCAGGCCAGGAAAAAGAGGAUUGCAAGUGUGGAAGAUGGGGAGGAGGUUGAGGACACUGAACGCAGGACCACUCGACGCAAACCUCCUGUUAACUCGUAUGAAGAGAACAAAGAUCACGCUUCGCAGAAACGCCCACACCAAAACGGUAGAAAUAUGGAGGAAGUAAUCCACGUGGAUGUUAAGAGAAAGAGUAAACUUUCAACAUCAAAAAGCCAAGAUAAACAAAAAUCUGCCUCAGCUAAUAAAGUAGAUGGUGCAGAAUCAGAGGAACUCGGCGAACCUCCAAAGAGAUCUGGCCUGCGCACAAGAAGGCUAAAAGAAGAUGAAGACCAUGAAGCAGAAAGCAGUCACACCAGUGAAGAAUCUGAGGUUGAAUCUAAGACAAAGAGGUCAACACGAAACAAGGGCAAAUCUAAACAGCCUUGUGGUGACACUUCAGCCUCAGAGAGUUCAGAGGAGGAAUACAAACCCAAGAGGAAAUUGAGGAGAAAACGCUCCACUGGCUCAUCGAACGAAGAGUCAGAUAAUUCAGAUAACACGUCAAACAGACGGUUUAAUCCCCAAACCCUUCCAAAAAAGAAAUACAUCAGUGACAACUCUCUUUCUGAGGAAGAUUCUCCUUCUGUAAGCCAGGGUAGACAGAGGAAUGGUAACAAAACAGCCACAACUUCCAGGGAAGACAGGUAUAACAAGAGGGGGGCCAACAGAACCUCUCACAGGGAAACCAGGAAUCAGCUGUCUUCCAAGAGAAAACGUAUUUACACAUCAGACUCUGAAGAUGGAGAGGAGGACAGAGAGCCAGUGCCCAAGAACAAUAAAAGUAGCAGGUCAGUCUCCUCAAAGCGUCCGAAAAGGGAAUCCCCCCAACAAGUUGGUAACAGCAACGAGGACGACACCUCUUCACAGUCUGAAUCUGAAAGCGAGCAUUCAUCUUCAGCCUCUGAAAACUCAUUUGCCAGUUCAGGGUCCCACAGCAGUCCAAAGAGGAGGUGCCACGGACGGUCUGGGAUUGGUGAAAGGACUGCGGGCCGCCAGCUAAGGCAGCGCCCUCAGCGGGCUGCCUCCGAAGAGGAGGAGGAGGAGUAUAGCGACAUGUUGUACACCAAACGGCAUCGAAAGACGCGUGUGAACACCCGGAACCGGGGGAAGCGAACGGUAAACUAUCACGACAGCGAAGGAAGUACAUAGUUGCUAGAGGAAAGGCAGAGACAGAAAUUAACUGGAGACCCUAAAGACACUUAAUGGCCACGUUAUGGUAGUAGCACUGGACUCCUUGAGAGGAAACGCUGUGAAUCACUUUCAUUCAGGGAUAUUUAUAUUUUCUAUGAAAAAAAAAAAACAAGUUUAUAAA